UGAAUUAAUAUAAAUUUGCAAAUACUUUUAAUUUUGAAAUGUAAAUAAGCGCGCUAAAUGCUAUCGAUUAGUAAGCUUAUGUUAUGUGCAGAUGUAAACUAACAUACAUAUUUAGAUUGCAAUUGUAUUUUCUGAAACGUUAUCGAUAACUGCGCACACUGUCACUCCGCGUGACUAUGAUUUUUGUGCGUUUAUUAUUGUUAAUUAUAAAAUGGAAUUUAGUUUAAAAUAUUUAUAAAAUGGACUACUAUCUGCGCAACAAUUUAAAUGACCAGAGCGUAUUGCAGCUGGAAGAAGCAGCCAAGCACAAUGCACGCCUAUUACCUUGGCUGCUGCAAUUGCUGGAUCAAAUGCAAGAUCAAAAAUAUUUAGAAUUAUCUGCAAGCAACGUAGAGUGCAUGUUUAAAGUUGCUAUAUAUAUUGCAGAAUGUCAUGCGAGGCAUGGCGAAGCGCUAACUGAAUCAAUGUUGUUGCUGGUCCAACACGGACAUGCGAGUAUAAGAAGCUACUAUGAUCAGCUGGAAAGGAAUCGUCAGCAAUGCUUAGAUCAUCUCUGUUCCAGUAUUAUGAACAGCACAUGCAAUGGCCAUCAGCAUAUAUGCUUGCUAUAUCAACUGCGCAAGCUAUGGAGCAGCAAGCAGGAUGAGGGGGAAAAGCUGGAUUGGUCGUUGCUCAGUAAUCCAAGAAAGUCUGAGGAUUCGCUGCAAUUAACUAUUGAGCUCGAGACACAACAAAUGCGACAGCUGGUGUCGCGGUUAUAUAGACUAUCUACGGAGGAUGAGCUGCGUUUGGCGCUGAAUCGUGCGUUGGAACUACUACCGUUUCAGCUCUGGAUGGAACUUUGGCGCGAGCCAGUGGGCAGCUUGAUGUACGAACGUUGUUUGGUUUUGCGCCACAUGAUCUGUGAUAUGCUAGAGGAGAGCACAGCAACAAGCCAGAGAUUUGUGCAAGCAAUCACUGCAUACUUGACAGAAGAAAGUUCAAGCUCCAAUGUAUACAGAUUCUAUCGCUGCAUGUCGCAGCCGCGCUUUGUCCAGGCGCUCUGCAGCUAUUGCCAUGUCUAUUGGCAAUGCGAAACUUCUCCUGCCCAACACAUGAUAUAUCUAACACACUUGCUGCUGGCGUCAAAGUCACCUUGUCGCGUGCAGUUAUUUAACAAAUUGCGUCAGCUUAAAAAUCUUCCAGAUAUUCUUGCGCUUCUCAGCAAAAUGGCAUUUAUUUACAACUAACUAUUU